UAUUAAAUAAUAAAAUUUAUUAAAUAAUAAAUAAAAUUGUGAAUUAAGAUUGAAAGUGGUCUUUUUGAGUGUUUUAUAGAAAAGUCAAAAUUUAAAAUCUUAGGGUCAAACUUAAAUAACAAGUUUUCUUGUUUAAAAAAUAUAUUUAUUUUGAAAAAGUAAAAUAUUUUUUUGAUAUAAUUUUUUAAGGGAAAUUUUUAAAGAAAAUAUUUAAAAAUAUAAAAGAAAACAUACCGUAAAAAUCUGUAAAGUGGCCUUCAAGAAAUGGUAGCAAAAGUAAAAAACCUUUAACCGGUACGAGGUAAAAAGUUAACUCCCAACUAUAAAGAAACAAAAAAUCCACAAAAGUGAAAAGUGUUUUUAAUCAAAAUAUAAACUCUCCAAAAUACCUUUUUAAAAAAGAAGGAGUUUUAAAUGAAUGGUUGAAUGAAUAUGUAUGAGAAUGAAAUUUGUCUGAAUGUUGUAUGUAGUAUCAAAUUUCAACCCCAUUUCCCUUUUAUGCUUGUGUAAAUGAAAUAAAUCCCUAAAUAUAAAAGAAAUCAUUUAUAACUGAUAAAAAACACGUUCUAUCAAUAAAAAUUCUGGUAUGAAAGUUACUCAUCAAAAAUAGCUUAAACAGCAACAACAAUUCAAACUGUCAAUAUCUAAAAGUAUCUGAAAAUAAAUAUAUGUAUAUAUGGACGUAUUGAAAGGCAGCAAAUUACUAUUAUAAACUAAAAAAAACAAAUCAUAUAAAUAAUUCAAAAUAACUAAAACAUAACAUUAAUAAUAUUAAAAUCAAAGUGAUUUGCUAAUGUUAAAUAAAAAAAAUAAAUAAAAAAAAUUUAAAACUUUUAACAAAAAAACAUCAAACAUUUCGUUAAAAAUUUAAAAAAUGUGUAAAAUAAAAAAAAAUACCAAUAAAUUUAAUGCUGACAAAAAUCCAUAAAAACUAUUGAACAACAGUUUGUUUUUACGAAACAAAUAAAAAAUGUGUGCAUGAGCUUUUAAUCAUAUGAUAUAAAAAAUAAGCACUUUAGUUUCUUUUAUUGAAUAAAAUAAUCUAGCCAACUGAAAAUUUCGAUAAGUGAAAUCGUGAAACCAAACUAUACUUAAAUAACAAUUUAUCUAUAAGAAAAAAAUAUUCAAAAGAAGUGACAAAAAAUUUUAUGGUAAUAUUUAUUAAUGUACGAUAUAGUUUUGCUGGUGAAUUGUUUAAAGUGAAAACUAUACAAUGUUAUAAAUAAAAUGUGUAAAUAUGUAUGUAGAGCUUACUAGUGAAAACAAUCAGGCCAAUAUAUACAUAUAAAUAUAAUAAUUUAAAAUAAUCCAUAAAAACGCUUAAGCCCACACUUGAGCAAGUAAAUAAUAAAUAUUUUCAUAUAAAUAAAAAUUACAAUUUGUAAAAAUAUUAUGGCUAACUAGGCAGUUAUUUUAAAUACUGAAAAUUACAAGGCAAAAAAUAUACUGUGUUUCUUUAAAAAAAACUAUGUCAUAAACGAAAAUUAAAUUCAUAUUUAAAUGUGUGAUUGUUUUUCUAUAAUAAAUUUCUGGCUCAUAAAUGUGAAAAUAAUCAUCAUUAGACUGCAUCUAUUGUAUGGUAUGAGGGUAAUGUCUCGUAAAUUUUGUUACGACGCCAUGAAAUUAAGUACAGAUUAUCUGUAUUAGCCUUAAACAUUAAUAAAAAAAAAUAUAUAUUUUUUUAUUGUGAUUGUGUUUUUCUUUUUCUGCCAACUCAUAAAGCUAAAACGUGUAAACAACAGGCUACAAAAAUAAUAAAAAAGAUAAAAACAAAUAAAAAAGUGAAAGAAAUCUAUAACGACAUUGUCCUUGAAACAAAGUAAAAUUUACGACACAACUAAAGCAAAUAAAAAAGUAACUAAAAAACCAUCUAAUAAUUUCUAUACUUAAUAUCAACAUACUUCUUACAAACAAUCUAAUGUUAAAUAAUGUUUAAGUGUAAAUAAGAAAAAAAUAUAAAAAAAAACUAAAACAUUCACUUUUUCUUCAUAUAAGUAUAAAAAAGCACAUCCAUACGAAAAGCUUAAAUGGUCGCUUGCUAACUUGCUAUACAUUGUUUGAUUGUGUAUUUUACGAGUAUUUUGUGUGUUAAGUGUUUGCUGCUGUCACUACCACGACGAACACUGCUCCUGCUUGGUUUCAUCUUCUUGGUCAUCAUUGUCAUCCUCGUCGUCGUAGUCGUCAUCAGUUUAAGUGCCAACCUUAUCUUGUGUUUUAAGAGUGAAAAAGCAUAAACAUACAUUAAUGUUGCAGAUUGUGUUGGUAAUUUUUGGAGUAUUUAUGUUGUCAUGAUGCGAUUAACUGUACAUAAAAUAUAAAAUAGCAACAGAUUACUUUGUAACCAACACAAAAGACCAACAAAUUUGAAAUCACAAACAAAUCUUCAAAAAUCCAUAUCGUGGUCACUUAAACUCUCACCUGUUGAACCAUCAUUAUUAAAAUACGAGGUUUGAUUAAAAAAAUUAUUUUAAAUAAACAAAAAACACAAAAAACUUGGUGCCUUUUUUGUAUGCAACUUAAUGUUGUUACAAAUAAAAACACACAACUCAAAGAAAAACUAAAACGAACUUGUAUGCAACUGAAAUCUAACCUUUACUAAUCCUUUAGGAAUAAAAGUUUAAACUAUAAAAAGGAGGGAAAGAAAAGUUGAUGAUGCUGUAGAAGUUACUGGCCCUAAGAUGCACAAAACGAAAAGUGUUGUCAGCUGGCUUUUAUGAGAAACUAAGCGGAUUUUAAAUUCUCUAGAAAAUGCCAAGAAAGAACACACUUUUAAAAGAAAUCAUUUUUUAAAUGUUGGAUAAAAUAAAGUGAGGAAGAACGCAACAAACGAGGGCAGGGAAACAUGAAUGUUUAAUAAUAAAAAUUUAAAAUUGUAAUGGCACAGCAAGUGGUGGACUAUUAAAAAUCUAAAACGAAUAUAUACUGAUCCCACUGUUGUGUUGCUGUUGUUUUGGCUAAAAGAAACAACCAGCAAAGAAAAAUUCAGUGAAUAGAAAAUUAGCUUUUGAUGCAGUGCUAAUGUUUUGUUUUCCUAGUUUUUUAACAGAAACAAAAACAUUAAAGUAUUAAAUAGCAGCAACUCUUCCCCUUCAAAGUUUAAACGUUUAUAUGGUGAAUGAAUAGCAAAGGUGUAUUGCCAUCAUCAAGCUCAGCAACAGCAUCAGCAUCGUCGACAUCAUCAACAUCAUCAUCGUUCACAUAAUAUUGUAAAACGGAAGUGGAAUAUUUAACAGCAUAGAGAAUGCAAACAAAUGUAAAUGGUAUGAGCAGGUUGGUGUUCAGUAUAAUGUACCACGUGCUGUUUUAAAGCAACAGACAGCUGUCCCAUGAAUAUUUGAUAAGGCUAAAACAAAAAACUAAAACCAACAAUAUUAAACAAAGCUAAACAAAACACUUAAAGCAAAAAAAAUCAUAUAAAAGACAAUGACAAUAAGCUUAACUCUAAACUUAUUUAAAAUGCUUAACAAAAGUAUAAAACUACGAUACUAAAUACAUUUCAAAAAAAGUUUUGAGGAAACCGCUUUACUGUUGGCCACAGAAACCAUGAACGAUCUAAGACGUUCUGUCGAGUCGGCUAGAUUUCAACAGAAGCAAACAUCUCAUGAAAGUAAUUAUCGCUCCAGUUGUAGUUCUACGCCUGAACCUCAGAAACAAAGCAUCAAUAAUAAAGCCACUGCAAAUGGUCCAAUAGAUCAUCCAAAUAUGAGUAGUACCAGUGGUGGUAGUACUACCAGCACCACUGCCACAACCAACACCAUUGGUCGUAGUUCUAGUUAUGCCAAUGAGAAUGGUAAUAUCACCUCUUCUACGGCUGAAAUACAAUUUGAUGAACGUGAGAUUUACUAUGUCUCACCAUCGAAACGAAAAAGUAGUCUAAGUGCUUCCCAAACACCUGUGUUACGCAGCAGUCUGAGAGCCUGUGAACGUUUGCGUUCCUUUAGUCCCACCUCAGCUGCUGCCAUAGCUCCUUCUUACCCGCCUAUAAUGCCUUCUGCAGCCUAUGGUGCCCGUCUUAGUGGUACUGCAGGCCAUGAUCUUAGCUUUGACAAUUAUGAAACAUCCUCCCAUUAUUCCGACACAGCUAUGCAGGUUUUAAGAUCCGGCAGUUGCUCUGCCAUGACUACCAUGCUGAAUACCAACAAUGUUAUUAAUAACACAUCAACUGCCGCCAACAAUUGCCACAGCUCUUCUAGUAGUCUUGCGCAGCAACAACAGCAGCAGCAUCAACCCUCACAACAAACUCAUCUACCCCCUGGCCAACGUUUACAAAAUAAUGUAGUCACCUUUUCGAAUCACAUCAGUGAACAACGUGCGGCUACGCCACAAAAUCGCGGUUCUUUACGUCGUGGCAAGGGUCGUAGUAAUCAGUCUUUGUGUAGUUGUGACGUUGGCAAUGAUACAGAACUAAAUCCAGAUCCAUCGCGACCACUAUACGAAUAUAGUUUGGAACGUCGUCACAAAGGUCACACAUACACGUGCGAACAGAAUGCUCAAAUAUUGUUGCGCUUAGAGCGUGAACGAAAUCGAAAAUUAUCUUUGGGUGGUGGAAGCCUUAGUGGAGGUGGUGGUAGUCGAGAAGAUUUAGAGAGUGAUGCUCUAAGUUCAUCAGAUGCUGAAACUAUACCACCAGUGCCCCCGCCGCCGGCUAUGAAACGUAAUGGUAGUGUACGUAGUCUACGUUUAUUACAACACCUGCAGCAACAGCAACAAUCAACUUUAAGAUCAGGUACCAUGUGCAAUGGCAACCAAGUAGCCAACUCUAGUAAUAAGUCACAUCAUAAUAGUAAUAGUAACAACAACAACAGCAACAGUAAUAAUAAUGGUUCAAUAGCAACAUUAUGUAGUGGCGAUUUAUUAAAUGAUUGUGCUAAAAGUAGUCAUGAUGUUCGAGCUGUGAUUGACGACUGCACCACUUCUAUACUGAAAUGUGCCAAUGCCAUGGGUUCUGACAUAAUGUCCAAUACUAGUACAACGACAAAUGGUAGCUAUAAAACGCAAGUAUCUACUUUAAACGCCAUGGUUUCUCAUAGCAAGCCAGAUGUAUGUCAUGUCACAAACACCUCUAAAAAGAAUUCACUCUCAGCCAACACCUCAUACUUUGGUAAUUUCCCCCCGCCCUAUGCUGCACAAGAUGAUAUAAUAUUGCCAAAAAGCCAAAAAUCAGAUCCCUCACUAUGUUUCCUGCACAAAACGUCGGCGUUGACUGGAAUGGGACUGGGUCAUGUGGUGCCUCCACCUUCGUCGUCAGCAUCGAUGGCUUUUACAGACUUUACACAGUCACAACGUGAUUUACAGCAGAAAUUGCAACACUAUAAAAAUAGUAGUAGGUUAAGUCUUAGUAAAUACAACACUAUUGGUCCGAGUAGUGAUUAUGCACGCCAGCUGGCUGUUUAUGCACAACAACAGCAAUUACAACACCAACAGCAGCAACAUACAACACAAAUGAAACCCUUCAAUGAAAGAUGUCGUUGUUUCUCAAAAUCCUGGUCAAAUUUCUCACGUGACUUAAUGCAGACACAAUGCUCAAACGUGGCUGGACUUUACCACACUAACAACCACGACAAUCACAGUAGUUUAUUGCAUCAACAGCAACAACAACCAAAUUUUCAUGCGUCAGCAACGUCAGCCUCAUCAGGGAAAGGUAGGCACCAUGAUAAAAUUCCAUUACGUUCUUCUCUAAGCAGCCGUAGUUUUAAUAAUUUAGUCGACAUCGAUACAUAUAACUAUGAUAUGGCCUCCAUACUAUCAUCACAUCAUAAAUUGCAUCUUACGCAACAAAACACACACCAACUUGCAUGUAACGGUGGGAGUGUAGGCAUAGGUACAGGUAGUGGUGCUAUACUAAGCCAAUCAAAUAGUACUAGUGGCCUUAAAGACAACCACAUGCAUGGUCAGGCAUCGUUAAAACAUCAACAGCAGCAACAACAACAUCAGUUGCUGCAACACCAUUAUCAACAUACUGCACACAAAGACUUUCAUUGCGAUGAGCAUGAUAAUCAUCAUCCUUUGGGCAUGCAUGGUAGCACUCAUCUAAUUAAAUCAUCAGAGAAAUUUCAUCAACAUAAUCAUCAUCACAACACUGCAAGCAAUCACCAUCCGCCACAUCAUUCAAGUCUGACAAGUAUAAUGCCGUGGAAACAUCGUCAGAGUCCAAGUCGUGGUUCGUCCAGUUCGGGUACAAAUUCAUUUCGUAAGUAAAUUUGCCUUUAUUAUUAUUAAAAAUUAAAUAAUUACAUACAUUUUUUACUAAUGUUGUUCACAAUAAUAUGUAAUUAUGUAAAUAGUUGUAGAUAAUACUUAGCAAAAUAAAGAUACAUUGA